CCCGUCCGUAUCGCACACCCACCCCUCGCUGACCCGCUCGAUCCAGCACCUAGCGCGCCGCCGCCCGCCGCCCGCCGGCUGCUCGUCCUCGCCGCCCUUGCCCAGCGCGGCCGCGCCCCUCGCGGCCUCACGCCUCGGCUCCUCGUCGGCUCGCCCAACGCGGGAGGCGGCAGCGCAGAGCGCGGCCAGCGCCCCUCGGCUCCUCGCCCAGCGCGGCAAGCGGCGGUGCAGCUCGCCGGCGAUCCUCGUCCCUCGCCUAGCCGGCCGCGUCCCAGGUUCCCAGUCCGGCCAGCCGCUCUUGCCCCCGCGGCAACAUCGGGGCUAUCCGUAGGCAGGGUGACAUCCUCACGGUGUUCGAUCCGAACGGUGGCGGACGAAGAUGUUGGACAUACAGAAGCGGCGCGUGCGGCUGAUGCUCUUCAUCAUAGGCGUCCUUGCUCUCAGCAUGACUGCUGAGAAGUUCAGGGAACUUGUUGGAAACGAGGCUGCAUCAAAGAGUGGUCAGUUCACAUUCAUGAACUGCUUUGACAUGGGUUCUGGCAGCCUUGCAUGCUCAGUGAAGGAGGGUGUCAAGUUGUAUGUCAAUAACCUUCGAACUGCACACCUGGAAAGGGUGCGGCAACAUGCCAUGGAGAGAGCAUUAGCCGAUGCCAUAACAGAAGGCCUAACACCUGCGGAAGCAGCCAAGCAAGCUCAGAAGGUCAGUACAAAAGCGGCAAAAGUGGCUGCUCGUCAAGCCAAACGGAUAUUGGGACCAAUAAUUUCUUCUGGUUGGGACUUCUUUGAAGCAAUGUACUUUGGUGGAAGCAUGACAGAAGGUUUUCUCCGGGGCAGUGGCACCUUGUUCGGAACUUAUGCGGGUGGUUUCCACGGUGAGGAGACGUUUGGAAAACUAGGAUACCUCGUGGGAAGCCAACUAGGAAGCUGGGGUGGGGGAAGAAUUGGACUGAUGAUUUAUGAUAUCAUAAAUGGCCUGAAAUUUAUGUUUCAAUCUAUCCAACCUCAGAACGAAUCGUCAUAUGCUUCAGAAGAUGGUUCGGAAUACAUAGAUAGUUAUACAAACCAUGAAAGGGAGGAGUCAACUUACUAUGAAACAUUGGAGGAGAAACAGGAAGAAUCAAAAUGGUUUGGAUUGUUCUGAAACUGCAAAUCGAAGUGUGCUGUGUUAUACUGGAGCAUGGAAACAAUUAGAUUGUUUUGUUAUACUUGGCUGAAUGUUUAGCAUCAUUUUGUAAGGUUACAUAGAAGAGGUGUAAUUCAUCUUUGUAAUUUGUGUUUUGGACUGUAUAUAUAGAAACGUGCACAUGCAACUCUAGAUAUUGUGCAGAAUGCGCCACAGAUAGGCAAAUUACAGCAGUACUGAACCACUCACACGAAAGUUAUGAGUAUCUCUAGUAUAGUGUUUGA